UGGAGUCAGUAAAAUGGAGUGCCGCUUGAGUUCCAGGGCGAGUCUCAUGAGAAAACGCCGUGUUGCGUUUCUAAUUCGUAAUAAAGUUUUAGUUCGUGCCUUUUUGUGGCGAUAGAAUAACUUUAUUGAUGUCGAAGUGGCGACCGACGUGAGAGAAUUAACUCAUCUUUUCGUUCGUGUCGGAAAGAGGGUGGAAAUUCCGACUCUUUGUGGUUCGCGGACGCAUCACAGCGGUUUGUGUUGGCGCUGCUGGAGUCUAAUAACAUCGUCACCACGGAGCACAGUACAGGUGAGCGACCACUGUGCAAGGUCGCCAUGGAUGCUUGUGCACGUAUCAGAGGAGCACCAGUAAGGUCCAGGGCCUGCGUCAGAAAAGAGACUAUUCGGGACAAUGGGCAGCAGUUUGUCAAGAGCCUCUUUCGGAGCCAAAAGGAGCUUUGCAGCAUCAACCUGGAAUUCCCGUCCAGAGACGCUAGAAGACUGACUGAAAUUCAUUUUGUUGGCUUGCCUGGUCGGUGUGAAGGAGACGAUGCCGUGGAUCUGGCGUUGUCAUCGCUCCCGGCGGGGCUGUGUGAGCUGCUUAGGACUUUCCAUGUUCACGUUCUGAGGAAUGACGAAGUCCUGCUGCUCAAAGACUCCCGCAAGCUGACCGAGCACAAGGACACUUGGCCUCAAUGCUGGUUAAAGGCAGUGUGUGUGCUGCGGCACAACUCCAGCCCUGGCAUGCACCCUCCGGCCAGCAUUACCUCGUUGGUGGGCUUGCUUGGCUGUUACAUGGCUGGCGUCCGCUACGCUCUGGAGCUGCAAAGUGUCCAUAGGGGCAACGCUGAGGUGAGACAACUGGAAGAGGACGACACCAAUCGGUCUGUCUCAUCCAUCGAAGAUGACUUUGUCACCGCCCUGGAGCACCUUGAAGAGGACGACAUGGGCGACAACAAUCCCUCUUCCUAUUUGCCUUUCAAAAGGCGCGACGUGGCAUCACAGACAGUCCCGGCUCACAAGAAACGAAAGGAUCUAUCAGGCUCACAUGUAAUCACAAGCUCGUCUUCAAAGAAGCAUUCAGCCAAACACAAGCUAGGGCCAGAUGUUUCUGUUACAGUCCAAAGGUCUUCAGGUAUGGAGUCCCAGUGGACUUACUGCACUCCAAGAGCUCAUCUAUUCUCCCCCGCAGUUCAAGUUAGUGAAUCAGAAGAAUCCGACGGCUCCAGCCCAAGCCCUAUCAUUUUCCUGGAUGAAGUGGGCUACCAGAAGAGCAUGCUGGCUAAGUUGGAUAUCCCUCAGGUGCCAGGAGGUCCCAGAGACCGAGUGGAAGACUCUGAUUCUGAAGUCAGUGAAUUUUUUGACAGUUUUGACCAGUUUGAUGACUUAGAUGAGCUAAAUGCAGAGAGUGGCACUCUCACGCUGCCUAUGGAUGCAGUCAGUGCUCUAAGCACACAAACGAAAACCACAGAUUCAAGCACCGGUGGCUCCGCAUCCAAAUAUGUUUCUAGAGGUUGUUCGACAAAGGGCAUGAACCCACACUGUUUUGACCAACCUAUUCUCCCGGCCAAUGUCAAAAAGCCCACUCCCCUUAAACCUGGAUCUCCCUACGGACCUCAUUCAGAGGUGCCUGACUCCCCUCGACCACUGCAGAGUCCUUCUGAGGAUAAUGGUGGCCCUCUCUUUAGUCCCGUCAGCUCCUCUGCAUUUAGUCCCCUGAUAGACUCAAAUGGCACAUUGGAAUACUUUUGGAAGAAAGGUGAUGAUGACAGCGACAUCACAGAGCUACGGAAACCUCACGAUCUCUGCUCCUUAUAUAAGACCUACUCUGACUUUGCCAGCAGUCUCUCGAAAGAAAUUCUGCGGUCCGUGUGUGGCUACCAGUCUGCUUUAGAUAUCAAUGACAACAAGAAUCUCAGCUGCGUCUGCCACAAAGAAUUCACCAACUCCUCAGGCUACCUGAUGAAGCUGUCCGAAAUCCAGGAGACCGUAACAGUGGCCAAGCUCCAGAAGACAUCCCAGUCUUUGAAAGAUGGUAUUCAGAGGUUUGCUGCCGACCUUGUCGAAAUGAGCCUCGGCAGCGCUUUGAGGGACCUCCAAAAAGGCGUAUCUACUUGCACCACCACUUUGUGUCAGCUAGCAGCUAGACUCACCUCCUCUGUGUUUCAGAUGGCAUUCCAUGAGAUUGGCAUGCGGCAAGCUUAUGUGCUGAAGGAACGAGCGGUGAAUGGAUUAGCAAGCUUCCUUGUCGGGGAAGCGGUAUCUGGUGCACUGAAAGACUUCUUGACUGUGAAAAAGCAAAUUUUUCACAGCACAGUGACACGCUUUGCGGCAGAUUUGGCUGAAGAAUUGGUGUUUGAAGGUAUUAUGGAAGUGUGUCAGUUCUCUCACCCGUCCACACCUCUUACCCCCAGUGAUUGGUCCUUCACCCACGGGCAACUACAGGAAGAAGAAGAGGAGGAAGAAGAAGAGGUGGUUUCUUCUUACGCUUCUGACUUGUCUGAGUCUGUCAUCCAGGAGGCCUUCAUCGAGCUUUCUCAGACUGACGUUGCCUUCACUAGCCAAGCCGCUAUCAGUGUUUCUCAAGAUAACAUUUGUUAUGUUAGUGCAGAAAAUACGGGCACUAAAACCUGCAGCACAUUUGCUAACCAGCAGCUUUCCGACGCCAGCUUAGCUGCUGCUGUUCCAGGCACCUCAGGAGAGAAUGCGACCUGCACAGUGAAGAAAGCUCUUUUUACAGUUUCAGGCAUGGCUAGCUGUAUCCCUGUGCCUCAAGCAGGCCAAGCCAUCUCCCAUUUAAAGAAUCCUGAAGACCAGCAUGGUUCCAGCUCAACAGCUACCUCACAGUCCAACCCUCGAGUAACAGUAUUUCCCUCAGACACCUCUACAUGUUCACAAACUCCUUUUUACAGCUACGAAACUCAAACAUCUACUAGUGGAAAAGGCUGCUCCAUUGGAAUAUCACCUUUCCAAAACUUUUCCGGCAACAUGGUAAAUAUGAUAGUGACUGAGGCCUGUGAGCUUGUAAGCUCUUCUAAAAUGAAGAAGAGUUUUGAUCAAUGCACAGGUUUUUUUGGAAAGACAGUCGCAAGUCAAAGGGACACUCUUGACGUACCAAACGCAGUGAUGGGUGGACAAAGAAAGACAUCUAACCCAGGUGAUGACACAACUGCAACAUCUGGCCAAAAAUCUAUUCGGACACCUGGGACUCCUCCAUCUACUCCUCAGCAACCCAGUGAGGUAUCCAAGGAAAAACAGAUAAAACAGUUCUCCAAGAAACUAAAAAGCAAGUUGGCCAAAGAAUUUUCCCCAGCUACUCCUCCUCCAACUCCUCACUAUCACCCUGAACCUGGCCCGGGUCCGACGGACAGCAGUCCAGAGGCAGACAAGACUGAGUUUAUGUUGAAACUAAUGAGGUCUCUAUCCGAAGAGGCAGGUGGUGAUGAGGAUGAAGAGGAGGAAGAAUUGCCAGAAGACUGCGCAAACAAGUCAGAAGGUCGCCCACAGGAACCCAACCAGUUGUCUUCUCGCAGACUCUCAAACAAAGAAGCCCUCCAUUAUGCUGAGCAGUUGGCUUGUCAUAUUGUCUCAAUGGCGACAGAGAUGGACACGGUGGGAAUCUAUGACGAGGAAGGAGAAGUAGCCGGGGUUGAUGAGAGGAGGCGGGACAGUGUGGCUCAUUUCUCAGAGCAGACCUUGAACACCUUGUGGGUGUACGCAGGGGAAGUGGCAGGAGAAGUUAUCAAUGAUGUGAAGAGGCUGGUGAACUCUGUGCAGCAGUGCUCCCAUCACAGGGCUCACAGAAGAAGUGUGGACUGGUCUAGCUUGGAAUGUUUGCAUCACCACCAACACCACUCGGAUCAAAACAGAGACUGGAGGUUGGAGAGGGUGGCUGAGCAAUUGUCCAACGAGCGCCGAGCCUCUGUUUUCCGCUCGCCAACCUCCACGUCAAGUACCAGUUCUGGAUUGUCCUCUGAGUAUCCCAGUUGUGAGAGUGUGACAGAUGAAUAUGCUGGCUAUCUCAUUAGGGUUCUAAAAAAAGAAGGAGGCGGUAGGGAGCUGGUUCUUGAUCAGUAUGCCAGUCGCCUGGCCUACCGUUCCAUUAAACAAGGCUUAUCUCAUGCUAGUCGCAAGAUAAAACAGAGAUCCUCGAGUGCCCGUCUUCGUCCCUCAAAGUCCCUACCGGAUGAAUGGAAGGCAUCAGGUAGUGAGGACAAAGCGGAGUCAGCAGUUUGUCCAACAUGUGAGGACGAACAACAUUACAGAGAGAAACCAGGGCAGAGAAAUUGUGUUGAUUUGAUGAAUUUUGCAGAAUCCUUAGCAUUCAAUAUCACUUGCGACGUCACGCGUAAGCUUCGUCUUUCCUCUCCACGGCUCCCUAAGUCCCUCACCGACUCUUGUCUUUAUAAGAAAUCUAAACUUGAAAACAUGGCGGAGAACCUCAUUAGGAACUCUUUCUCCUGCCCCCUGUUGUCCAAGGAGAGUAAGGGUAGGCAUUACCACAGCACAGGAAGCUUGUUUGAUGGAGGCCGCAGUGGUAGGAUGAUGCAGGUUAUUGAGCAUUAUGCCAGGAAAAUAGUUGAUGACACUCUGAAGAUGAGCAUGGCUUCAGUCGGACAUUCAUCCCGGGAUCAGCAAAGGGCUCAAGGCCAGGGUAGACACUCUCACACCCAGAGGUUGUCUGAGGGGACAGUGCUGGAUCAUGUCCAGGGAGAGAGGACAUGUCGUUAUUGUCAGGCUCUUGAGUGUCCACACUGCACCAAACUUAGCAGACACCACAGCCAGUCCGUAUUGCAGAGGAGAAAGGGCCAAGAGUGUCACACAAAGACUGAACGCCUUCCAGGUCUGGAGAUUCCCAAAAUUCAUAUUGACUUGGAGAACAGGUCAGCGUUUGCAGAGGAGAUGGUGUCCAUGGCGAUGGAGAACGCAAAACGUGAGUUAAGCAACACCAGCCUCAAUGCAGACAGCGGUAUAGGCCAUGAUGGAACCAGCUACGCCGAGAGCCUGACUGCUGAGAUCAUGAUCUCCGCCCUUAACACCUGCCAGGCGGCCAGUGUCAGCUCUCCAGGCAGGGAAGCAACUGAGUCCACUGUGUCACAGCAGUUGAGUGUUGGAGAUGACAGUCUGGGCAGCUGGUCCAACCUGAGCUUUGAGGAUGACAACAGCAGCUUCCUCCACCUCAGUGACAGCAAUGGGAACAGUAGUAGCUGGAGCAGUCUGGGCUUGGAGGGGGAGCCGUUCGAAGAUCACAUGUCGUCCUCUCCCUCAGACAGUGACAAUACAGAGGACAAAGAAACAGAGGUCAAAGAGGAAUCCAGCGGGACGCUGUCCGUGGACACGAUACAGGUGCAGGCUUCCAGGACUUCUUCGCUCAUUAUCUUGAACUCGGACGUCCGUGAGCUGCGGAGGGGGCCUCAGCAUGUGACCCUUGACCCUCAGCUGAGGAGCCUGCUGCAGUGGGCGGCGGCCUCCAUGGCCGACAUCCCACAGAUCCACCUGAGUCCUGACAGAGAGCUGCAACAGCUACCAAUGGUGGUCCAAAGGCUGCGUGAGAGGAAGUGGAAGGUUGGAGACUUGCUGCACUUCCUGCUGCGUUACUAUGAAGAGAACCAGCACCACCUUCAGCUGCAGCCUAAGGACGAGGCGCUACAGUUAGGCAAGGAGUGUCAGCGCGUGACCCUCUUUAGUUGGCUCCUGGAGCACACUUAGGCCCCUUUUACUUCCACCAGAGGGCGCACUCACAGACAUUUUAGUUAUUUAUUAUUUCCGGCUUCUGUUGGAAUUAUUUCAUGAAGUAUUGCUUCUGUUGCUGCCCCCCGUUCCAAAAUGAAAAAGGAGAGCCGCUCACCUCACUCCAUGUGUUCUGAGGGAGGCUCAGUAGUGAUUUAACACGCAGAGAAUGUGUAUUUUUGCUAGGGGAUCCCCGUGGCUGCCAGCCCCAUGAUGUCAUUGCAUCCACAGCAGCACAGCACACCUCAGCGGCGGCGUUUCCACAUGUGAAAAGAACACACACAUUGGUGAACGCCACACCCUUGCAUUAUCAGAGACUGAAGCAUCUGUGUUUUCUUUCCAUGAAGUAUUCCAUUGUUACUCACUUUGAUUUGCAAUAUCAACAAGCACCCGUGUUUCUAUUUUAUUUAUUAGCAACAAUUACCUUGGUGUGCAAACUUAGUAAAAUGUUUGGUGUGGAUUUAGGGAUGGGCAUUUGGCUAAAUAUUCUUCUUUUCCACCCCUGUGUGAGGCCCUGGAGGAGUCAUUCAUCAAUUCCACACAAAAUGUACCCAACUGAUGAAUGUCAAUGCUCAAUGCUAUGCCCAUUCUGAGUGUGGAUGAUGUUUACAUGGAUAAGAAAAAUUAUUUUUUAAGCUAUGGAAUAAGCCAACACUGCUGGCUUUUAAGUUGCCAAAUGGACCUUGUGAUGACUCCGAAAUGUGUCCAAAUUGUGGAAGAUCCAGUGACGCAGAUAGUGGACCUGAAAAACCCCCCCCAGAAAUGUUGAUGAUUACCCGUAGAUAAGUCACCUUAUGGAGUGACAACCGCAACUUCCCCAAUUGGUUCCAUCUGCACAGAACCACUUAAGAUGCACUUUGAAUCAUUUCUUAUUUAUCCCCCACCCCCCCUCCCAUAGCUUGAAUGGUGGUCCCAAGCCUUGGUAGAGAUGGAGACACUGUAAUAUAUAACAUAAGCACGGCCUUGCAUACAUAGUAUUCACCUGCAUGGCUCCACACUGCCUGUCAGUACGCUAGCAAGUCCUGCUUCAGCUCUAGGCUGUACACCUAAAUGAAAGUGUUUGUCUCAUUUGUUUACUCGUGAGCUAUCUCACUACAUGCAUUAUGAAGAACUAAAAUAUAAUGCAGCUAUUAAUUCAGUGUACUAAAAAUGGGGAUGUGAAUUAAAGGAAUUUGUGCAAAGUGUGAAUAUUCCUGUUCAUUCCCUCAACAUUCCCUGCUAGUGUUUCGCUGGAAGCUGGCUGUGCACCUGAAAAAAAGCGGAUUUUGUACACGCACAAACACAACCUGUUGUUUAAAAAAAAAAUAUAUAUAGUAUUGGCGGCUGUUUUUCAAUGUUGCUUUCAAACUCCGUCUGUAUUUUGUUUCAUCCUGCUUACUUGUAAAACUCUGCCAAAUAAAGAUAUUUAAUAAAUUAUUCAGUUACUGUAUAUAAAUAGAAAUAUAUCAGUGAUAGUGAGUGCGGCGACUUGAAUUUUCUCCCUUGUGACAAUGCUGAAUCGUGAAUUUUGAAGUUGGAGGUCGUCGUUUUUGUGUUCAAGCUCAAUGUGACAAUAAAGCUUUUACAUGUCAA